GAAGUAUCUAGAGUAGUUGUCAUGGUAACACGAUAAUUUUUUAAGAAUAUUCUUACAAAUGAAAAUCGCCUAAAAAUAUCACUUUUAAUUACAAAUUAAAAUUAUCAAUUUCCCAACAUAUAUAUGUUAGGUAUGUAAUUAUACGUAAUACAAGCUUCAAUUUAAGGUAAAAUUCAACCACAAACAAUUCACUGACAAAACGUUUUAAAGUGUUCUUUAUAAAACUAAACUGCCUUUAACUAUUAAAUGGCUUUAUCGAUAAACUUUGAGUUUGCAAUAAAAUGAUUUCAAAUUCUCGCUUGCAAAUAACUUUGGUCUUUGCUUUAUUUUUUAUUUAAAAAAUUCAAUAUAAUAAAAAAGGGAAUCAAUAUUAAAGUUACACUGAAAUUUAUAUAUGCUGUCUUGUUUAGUUGUUUCAUAUACGCAAAGGCCGUCGGGUUUUAAAGCCAUUAUUAUAAAAUCAAUAUUUAAAACAAACUUACCUUCGUUAACGUCGGCUCCCUUCUUUUAGCUGAUUCUUUCGCCCUUUCUUUUUUGAAAUUUACAAAAUCUUGCAGAAAUACGAGCAAAAAUGAAAUAUAUUUGCAAGAAAUUUAUCAAUCAUCAAAUCAAGAAAUGUUUGCUAUUUCGCUGUCGUCAUGCAGUCGUUAUAAUGCAAACUUUAAAUUGGACCAAUCAGUGUCCGUUAUUCAUGACAAUCCGCCAUAUUUUUGAGAUCAGUGAGGAUGACCACCCAUCGUUGGUGACCGACGCCUGCGCUCAUUGAUGAACUUUAGACUUCGCUAAUGCUUUCGUUUCCCCGGGUGUAAAUAGCCGGGGGGAAUUAGUACCCUCGCACGGCGCUUGGCGCCGCCAGCUCGGGGAUUAUAGUGGAUUCUAGGUCAAAGAUAUUAAAGACUUUUGAGCAACAGUGAAAGUACUAAAAUACGAACAGUUAAAGGCUUAAAGCAGCACAAAAACUACAUGUACAGCACAUACAAAAUGACAGCAUCAGGCGAUAAAUAAUUGGUCAAUAGAGCAUUUGAAUUAAGAUAUGCACCUGCCACUGAGUAAAAAUAUUUAUAUUUUAGUUAAUUUUUUUAUUCAUAUAUAAGUCAGCUUAACCACAAAUUUCAAAUCUCUUCAUGUGUUUUAUAUUAUUGCGUACGUGCACCAUUUAGAACUAAUUAUGGCCUUUCUGGGCCGGAAACACUGCUUAUGAUGUGUCAAUAUACCGACGCUGACAGUAAUGAUUGUUUUAAUUUAUUGAUAUAUAGUGGUAAUAAAACAGCGAAAUAUUGUCCACUCCUGAAAACAACAUAUUUUCACUCAUUCAAAUAAUUUGUCUUAACUAAUGGAAUAUAUAUACCAUUCCGGCUUACGGCUAAUUACAAAGCAGAAUUAUUUUUUGUCGAGAAUUGCAAAGCAGAAUGUGAACUGAUUGCGCGCACUUCAUCUCAGACAUAUAGUAGCUAAAUUGUAGAUUGCGAUGAGUGUUCAAAAUUUAAUGUAUAUGAUGUUAUAUCGUAUGACUGAAGGCCGCUGAAAUAUUCACGAGCUAACAAAUUAAAUAAUGUAUUGAUACAAAUACAACAGGCGGUACAACGCAGCACGUAAUAUUACUUCACACAGCGGGUUUUAAUAUGUUAUCGUUAAAUCAAAAUUAACGAAUAAUGCCAAAAUAUUUACGACGUACAUGUGCAGUUGCGUUUUCAGCGAAAAAUCUUCACCACUUGAAAAUCUUCACGCAGAUUCUGUGAUGAAGAGAUAAAAUUAUGGCAAACUUGUGUGUAAUUUCUUGUUCAAUUUUGUUCGGGGUGUCCUUGCCGAAUCGCUUUGGCAACGUUUGCAGGCUUCAGCCCUGGUCACUGUUCAUUUUCAUGCGAUACCAUACGUUACUCUAGCUAUAAUGACUUAGGCCUACUGAGACUAAUAAGCCUGAAGGAAAAGACCGCCUCGGAUUGGUAAAGAAAAUCCGAAAGUGUAAAAACACUUAAAAUUAGUCUCAAGUUUUUAUCUAUUUCUGGUGAAAGUGACGCAAACCAUACACGACUCAUCUGUUCACACCUGAUGCUUAUCGCGACAUUGUGCAAAUAAUAAACCAAGUAGUCGACACUUUCACACUAAAAGUCACGCAAUGCUAUAUGACUGUUGGUGGUUUCGUCUUGGAAGAAAUAAAAUGGAAAUCGCUCACAUUAUAGUCACAUAAAGUAUCUAUAUAGUUUUCUGGCGUUAAAUUUAGAAAUUCGGCAUUUAUAACAAUAUCUUUUUGCUCAUAAUUUUAUAGGCUAUAGCCAGGGUUUAUAUCAUAGAUAUCUUAUAUACACUAGAUAGCGCAUCUCUUUUAGUAAAAUUGAAGCCAAGAAUAUUCCAGCGGUUACCCCCAUUUGAUGAGAUGGCGGCCAUUUGAAGUUUCCUACUCGCUAGUAAUAAACGCUUAAAAAACAACAAUAACUUUCAUCAUUUGAAUAGUUUGAAAAUGUAUUUGGAAUAGGUUUAACUUAAUGUGUAAGUUCCCUGUUUAAGAAAUAGAAAACAUACGAGUCUUCUCAUUUCAUGGGAAUAUCCUGAGUCUGCAAUCACGGCUUCAAUUUUUGAAUUGUGAGAAUAAUUAGAUGCACUAUAUCUAGUGUAUAUAAGAUAUAUACGGUUUAUAUACGUUUUGGUACCACAUGUUCAGUACAAUAUUUGAUUUCCUCACAGUAAAUUACUCUCGUAUAGUUACGCCGGGAUACAGCAAUAAUUCUGCAGUUUGAAGACAAUUUUAAUGACUAACAAUUCAGUUUAUCGUUUUAAAUCAAAAUUCAGUUUAUCGUCUUAAUUAUCAAAACAUGUAUUUACCAAAUAUAGAUUUAUUUACAGGAUAUAGUCUAUAGAUAUAUUUGGAUGGUCUUCAGAAAAAAAACCCACAAAGAACUUGUAAAGCGCUAAACCGACCACGGCGACUUAUUUUUGUACCAAUUGGAAUCGCGAUUUACUGAAUCAAUGUUUUGAAAUACCUGCAUAAUUAUCCAAAGCUAAAAAUGACUGUUAUAAGAUCUAUCAAAUAAUAUAGUAUAAUUACAAGGUAUAUAAUAGCUAAAAUGGAUGAAUGGGAGUUUUUUAAGAUUGGAGUUACGUUAGGGCAAGGGUUAGGGUUACGUUAAGCCGGUUUUCCACUAGGCGGAAUUUUGCGCGCGGAGCGGAAUUUCUCUUUGUCUUUUCUAAUUAGUUCCACCCGAGAAAUCAUAAGACAAAGAAAAAUUCCGCUACGCGCGCAAAAUCCGCCUAGUGGAAAACCGGCUUUAGGUUGAAGAUAUACCAGACCGCGCAGUGUCGAAAUGUUUGGUCACAAAUUGAGGCAUUUCGACCGGUGUUUGCAUUCACUAACUUAAGCUAUGAUAGUAGUGGCCGGGCGAAAAUAUGUCUGAUUUUAUUUAAACCCUGUUGCCGUGAACGAAUGAACUUCAGUCAAAUCUUUGCAUGCUUUUGAUUUAGCAUUAUCUUAGGUAGCAAUAUUUUACUAGGAAGUUGCAGUAGCAUGAUUUUUAGGAAUGUUUAUAGGUCUCCUUUGUGGUAUUUUCAGGGUGUAGGAGAUUUUUUGGAGUGGUAGACCCAGCUCAAAAGAGAAAAGCUAUCAUGUCGUCGUAGACUUUCCCGUUUUAACGAAUCUAAUAACCAAUAGUUAACAUUUUGCCUUCUAUGAUUAUGUAGAUGGAAGCACCAACAUUCCAUCUGGUAUACAAAUAUAGAAAUUGGGCGGGAAAUCUAGAAAUAUUCUAUAUGAAAAUUAAAGAAUUAAUGAAAAAUUAAUUAAUUGGGUAAGGGCUGCGUAUUCAAAAAGUAAAUUAAGAUUUACUUUUUUUACCGAUAUAAUCCAGCUAUACUCACUGGCUCUUGACUGUGCAUUAACCAUUGGUUUUUUUGUCUGAUAUCAUGAUCAAGAUUUACGUUUGAAUGCAUGCUAAUUAAGUUUUUGUUUGAAGAUUUAAUGACACUGAAACUCAGGUAGAGGAACGAUAUUGUCCUGAAUUUGCUAUUUUGAGACAGUGAAGUCGAACAAAUCGGCAUGCAGUAUCGUUUCUUAAUCAGUCUACUCAGUUUUUUCCCAUCAGGAACUCAGAUAGAAAAGCAUUCCUCACGUAAUAAACCAGAAAUAUUAUUUUAAUUGCAGUAUAUUCCAUGAAUAUAUAAUACACGUUGUACGCUUGUGAAAGAGCACCGUUUUGCGAAUUGAUGACUAUAUAGAUCAUAUUCUCUGGCAACUUGGCAAGGCAUCAUUAAAUGCAAUCAAUCCUAGCCCUAGGCCGGCAUGUGGUUUUAUAUUUCAACGAUACAUAUCUGACAAAUAGUAUGAAACUUUCAAGAACGUAGAAACUUGCAAACUUAAUUUCAACGUGUAGUACUGAAUACUGGGAACCAAGCGUGAGACGCUUGUAUCGAAGUCCGAUAACGCAGUGACCAGUGAGUUCUCUAUGUUACUAUGUAUAUCUCAGUGGAGCAAGAACUUCGGUCAUUCGGCCUAUGAGAAAAGUGAAACCAAGAUGUCUGAAGGUCUGAAAUAGUUUUUAUACAAUUUCUCCCAGCUAAAUCCAGUCGUUUUCUAAAGGACCGUAUCGCUUAUAUUGAUUAUAAUCAAGUUUUCAGUUCAUAAAAUCACCAUAAUAUUAGUUUUUAAAUCGUAGUAAAAAUACGGAAUUCCGGCACACUCCUUGCCAAAAUGAAGAGCUAUAGGACGUUAGUUCCAGUCUCUUUCUAUUGUUUUUGUCUGCACGGUGGCGAAGCUUUUGGACUCGAGUUCUCGCUCCAGAGAUAUAUGGAGCUCACUGGAAGUGACUUGCAAAUUAAAGCGCCGCCACUCCGGGUUACAUAUGUGACCGAAUAUGCGGGAUACGGCCUUUAUGGGGGGAUAUGGCAAUAGAUGUUAACGUUCUUGAUUUGUCAGUAUACCGCAAUUAUUUCUAUCGUAUGACUAUGAGUAUAUGGUACGAUGUUGCGGCUAGACUUACUAUAUAUGUCUAGUAUGACACACAUGAAAAAAAGCGGGAACUAAGCUAAGGCCAAGUAAAAAAAAUAGUAUAGUUUCUCGUCCCCGCCCGCAUCCUUUUUCCCUACCGCAUGGAUUUUUUUUAUGUUGUAUAUUCAAGCCUUUCAAAGAAUUUCCACUUUAGUGUCUUUAGUAUAUUUCGACCAUUUUGCUCCUUUCGGCAUAGUUCGGUUGCCGUUCGGAAAUUUUCGUCAACUCUCGCUUGCUGUUCGGUACUUCGCGCUCGCUGUUCGCGACAUAUUGUUAACUUAUUUUGGCGCCAUAUUAAUUAAGAAGCUGUUUGUCUAUUUUAAUAUAUUUACGUUUUAUGAGUAAUCUUAUAGUGUGUUUAUAGAUUAUUUGGUAAACUUUAAGAGCAAUAUUUGAAGGUUUUACAAAAAAAGCGCCGCCUGCAUUCUCCUUUUUUUCAAAAUCGGGACGAGAAACUACUAAAUUUUUUUACUUGGCCUAACGAGUAUUUUUAUGAAUACGAAAGCUGCAAAAGUUAGUCCCAAACGGAGUGACUCUUUGAUGAUAACAAAGAAACGUCUAUUACUGAAUAUUAUUGAAAAUGCUUACCGUUUUCGGAGUGACUAUUGUUCGAUAUAGUACAUAACAGGUACAAAGUAUUAUAACGGGUAUAAAUUAAUAUUAACUGAAGUUUGGUAUUAGUCACUAACUAAUCAUAAACUAAAGCCAUUGUUUUGUUUGCUGCCCGUGAGCUAGAAAGAAAGAUUGACUUUAUUGCUACAGUACUGUAAGUAUUGUAAAAGUUAUUGAAAUAAUGAUAACUGAUAACGACUAUCUCCCAUCAGUUGUAUUUUAACAGAUCCAGUUCGCGCUGAUUUGCUAUUUCCUGCAACCGCCCCCGUAUACUGGUUGCGACAGAACACGGAUAGAGUCAAGUUAGGCAACAUCUCCGCGCCGUGCGCGGCGGUGCGCCCACGUUGCAUUUAAUCUGCGUAUACUGAUUUAGCAGAUGGAAAGUUGCAGUGCGAAUAGCGGGCUGACGUAUGAUGGUGUAUAUGAUCGUUACUCAUGCUAAUCUGAAAAUGCAUUCUUCUAUUGUCACUUUGUCAACUCUUUUUAGUUGUUGAUAAAAUGUUAUUUGUGGUAAUUGCAGAAUUUUUUCACAUGAGAUAUCGUAUGCAUUCUGGACGUCUGCAAAUGCUUAGUCUUAUCUCUAUCUCGCAGAAACGACUUGUGAACUGCAAUUCACUCAGGCAUACGUCAACAACAAUAUAGUUCUAUGCAGGGGAACACAAAUUGUUGUCUACACCAAUUAUCGCGAAGAUACAACGGAGCAAACCUGUUCCAUUUUGGGGUACUGAUGGAACUAACAGCACACAACUGAAAUAAUCAGUUUUACCAUUCUUUAAGACUGCCAAAUAUGGAUCCUUAUUGACUAUAAAACCUAGGCUAGGUAAAAUUGGCUAUAAAUGUACAUUAAAUAUAGGAACUCUAUUACUUGCAUUUUAAAAGUACCAGGCAUUCAAAGAGUGGUUAUAUUUAGAUUCUUUGGCACGGGACCGUGGGAAAUCAGAUUCGCUCUGAAAGGUUUCUUUUCUAUCUAAACUAUAAGAUUUGUUGUUGGAACAGUUCUCCAUAAUGCUUCCACGUAGCUGGCUCAAAGUUAAUAAUUUGUUGCCAACCGACUGUUAAAGAACACGAACUCCCGAUAGAUAUGCUGCAUGCGCAAGCUGUUGAACCUCUUGUGCCUGCUGUAUUCAGCCUAGUUUUAUCAGCCAUAUUGUCUUAUCAAGGCUUUACCUUUCGGCUGUCCUUCCAAUUAGUUGAGUAAUGCAACAGUUCAUCGGGUUCACGCAUGCUUUUGUUACGCCCAUGUCACGGUAUAUUUUAUAAACAUGUAAAAUAUCAACAAGACCAUUCUAAGUUACACGCAAAAGUUAAAAUAACCGCACUGUCCGCACACCGCUCUCAAAAGGCACACGUGUUUGAGGAACAACGAAUUUUUAAGGCGAUCAAAACGACAUAUCUUUUCGCUCAUGGCAAUAUCAUAUCACCUCAAAUGGCGUUAAUUUUACUAAUUAACCGCAAUUCCCAACAAAAUGAAACAACGCCAUAUGCUUCCUCCAAUGGUAUACAGUUAGCCUAAAAUACGCUCAAUAACUUUAGAUGUCAAUAUCGAUUCGAAAUGCCGAGAAAUAAGAUCGGAAAUAUGGAUGCGAUAUAAGCCGUGCAUUUUUCAAUUUGCAGGAUAUAAUUGUGUCUGUCAAAUUAACAGUCGUCUGUAAUCCAUAAAGAAACAGCUGUAAACUACUUAAUAGUCAUUGAUGAAAACUGCUAUAUCUGAUAAGCCACAAUACCGACCAAUCUCGGGUUGGCAUGCUGGCAUGAUUUACCGUAUUUGGUUUUACCAGACGGCUGGCUAAACAACAGAGCACCUUGAACUUAUUUACUUAUUGGUAUGAAAAGAAAUUGGCAUGAACGCCCUUCUGUACACACGCAUGUAGAUACUGAUUUGAUAGGAACACCCCAUGUUUACUGAACGAUUCCUUUGCGAUCACUCGGAAUCUCCCGCGGGUAGAAAAAAGCGCAAAAGCUGGUGCUAAUAGCAGGUAUCGCCUUUCGGACGUAAAAUCUAUCUUUUUGUUCGCAUGACCACCCAGCUAUGCCAAAUAUAAGUAUUUAAUUACUUUAAAAUACCUUACAAGUGUCAGUGAUAUUAAUAACGUUUUCUGCCAUGUAAAAUCAAACCUAGUCAAAUACCAAAUAGUCACAUGCAAAGACCUCAGUGAUUCAUGUGCUAAUCCGAUAGUGCUUGUGGUUAGGACGUUAGUUCCAAAAUAACAAGUAUAUAAAAGGUGUUAAAAGGAGUAUAAGCAGGCGAUUAUUUGAAAAACAAAUCAGCGCGCGGGAUGUCCGCAAUAUUUAUACGUGUGAUAGAAUUAAUAUGUGAAGGUCAGGCGGGUUUGUGGAAAUGGGAUCUUUCAACACAAGAGCAUCAUUUGAGCUUAACGAUGACACAAUUAGGACGCUGAAGAAGUGCACAUACUAGAAAUAAACCCCUUUUCACAGAUAGGUGAAACUAUUGACAGACUUGAGUCUCAAGUGACAGCUAGCAAACAUGCGAUUAUCAAAUUAAUUGCCAAUUACACUUGUUGUUUGUCUACCACCUAAAUGAUUUACACAUUUAAGUGAAUCGCUGUUAAAUCACAACGUCCGACCGCGCACCAUCGUCGGGUAUCUGCGCGCAUACUGUUAAACAAAAUGGACCCUAUUUCGACUACUGAAUCCGUAUCUUUGUCUGAAAAGGCAACAGCGUUCUCCAUCGACUCACUGAUUUCCGCAGAGAAAGAGGAGAAAGGUUUGUUGAUAUAAUAUUUAUUUGUUUUCGUGAAUGAUAUAAUCCAUUAUAAACAAUUUACUAAACAUUUGCGUAAUUUAUAAACAACAUGCAACUGAAAGUUGAAUUUGCUAAGCGGCGCCAUUCUUUAUUUAAUUUACUCUUUGUUUAACAAUUUUAUUUCCUUUUGUAGAAGAUAAGGAGGUACACAGUCCUACCAAGCGAAGUAUUGAGUGUUCAGCUGGUCUCAAUGAUGGUCACGCAAAGCGACAGAAGACACGAAGUCACGAAAACAGUGAAAAUAUUGGUGAAGAUACAUUUAUUGAUAAUGUUGAUGUCAUUCUAGAAGGAAAAGAACUAUGGGACCGAUUUAACGAGCUAGGAACUGAAAUGAUCAUAACGAAGGCUGGCAGGUACGGCUAUAUUACUUUGAAUUCUUAUCAGCUAUGCCUAUGUAUAUAUAAAUACAAUUAAUAACAUAGAACCGGAUCCUUGACUUUGUCACUGCAAUUUUCUGGUUUAUAUUACUUUCAACUAUAUCCGUAGUUGAUUGAAUUGCAUGCUCCUCGAAGUUAAAGAAACUCUUAGCACAUGCCUGUUCGUGCUUAUUACAGACAAUUGAGGAAUUCCUAAAUGUGCUAAAUUAAAAUGCAUUAAUUUGUUCUCAUUUUGAUUUGGAGCGGAUAUUAUGGUAAAUUUUACAUAUAGUAUAGAAAUAUGAACAAGUUAUAAGUAUUGGCAUUGCAUGGUAUAUUGAUAUUUUAUGCCAAUGUUUUUUUAUUAGUCUAUGUAUGCUGUUGAUGGAAACAAAUUGCAUGCAUGGCAUGAUUAAAUAUUGGUAAAACUUUUUCACUCGACAGAUUGGUUAACUAGAUCUUUGCUAUACCAGCAAACUUGCUAGUAUUGUAAGUUUGGAAACGAAACUGAAUCGAUAUUCCGCUAAGACCACUAGAUAAACCAUAUAUUCAGUUCAAUAACAGUAAACACAACGAACAAGAAACGUGUUUGAUUUACCUUUAGUAAAUUGUUAGGCAGUACCACAAUGUGGUACAGCAACAUAUACUUUCCUCGGUUUUGAUUGUAAUAUGUUUUUGCGCACGUUCAAUUAUCAAUAGUCAAUACUCCAUACAACCAUGCACUGACAACCAAACAGCGAAAACUCGAUUUCACGAACACUUCUCGAAGUAUGUACAUUUGAAUACGAUUUCAAAACCAGAUCUACAGCCUUUAAUGCGUGCGAUAGUCGAUGAACUUGUACAGUUUCAUAUAAUAGGCUGUAUAGAAACUCUGUAUUAGUGGCUUCCUCACGAAUCGAAUUAGCGUAAUCGCAACUUUGUAAUGUGGGACACUCUUUAAAAUCACAUAAAAUUGCGGCUGCACCGAAAUUAGUGUGAUUAUAGAUAUAGUAUAUCAGCCUUAGUCUUAGUCCUUCAUAUAAUUUGGAUAUAUCUAUGCAUAUAUGUAUUACAUGGUAAAUAAUCUAUAGUGCCGGAUAGCUUAUAGAGCCGAAAUAAUUUAAAAGUGCUGAUCUUGAGGUAUACGAAACACCCAGGCGAUAUAUUUCGUAUUUAUAUUUGUCUAUUUAAGUAGAAGGGUAUAUUGCUUCCCAUUAUUGAGCGCUUGCGUUGUCUGACCUUCCUUGUGUAUACUCGCUAAAGUGCCACGACAAGUGAGGAAGUGAGGGUAGCUACAAGCUUUCAUUAACUGAGAUAAACCGUGUGUUUUGUAAAGUGUUGCCGUUUCGGAUUAUAAGUAAGCUAACAUUAUACUUAGGCGAUGAAAACCCGACUUAAUAUGUACGGAAACUGAUAGUGAUAAAAUCACAUCUUAAACCGCCGCGGCGAACACUUGUAUGCGUGAGGAUAUAAAAAUAGCUGUGGUGAAAAAAUUGGCACAGGACGGCAAGGGAAAGUCACGCUAUGUUAUCAUACAUCCAAAUUCCAUAUUUAAAGCAUUGUGAUGAAUGUUUUAUCUAUGUCGCUAAUUUUGCCACUCAGAAUUACUUUGUUUCUGCAUUAUUGUCUGUUUUGUACAAUUGGCAUUUAAGUUGGUAUCUAAGUAAACUAAGUUGGCAUUUAAGAAACAUCAUAAUUGUACAAUCCAAAUAUAAAUUGAGGUACAGCAAAGCAUAAAUUCUAUCAUAAUUUCUGGGGUGUCAUGCAUGAUAUAGCAAAACCAAGCUCGUAUGAAUUAAACAUCAUCCUCUGUUUAGCGUCAGUACCACCCAACUGGCCAGAAUUAUUUAUUUAGCCUCCGUACUGGACAUAUACUGUUAAGUCUACUUACCUAUAUUGGGAAAGUGUCAAAAGUAUAAGGUGCGUUAAAGAAAUCUUCUAUUUAGUAGAAUGGAACGUAUUUAGAUUUUAGACUUGUUCUUUACUUGACUUAUAAACAGUAUAAACUAUACACGCAUUUACAACAGUGUGAAACAUGCUUGGGUUUCAUUUAAUGAAUCUAGAAAAUCGUAUUUGUCUUUCUUUUUAUGCAUCGAAGGUGUUCUUUAACGUUCCACAAUAAUUCUUCAGAUAUCUAAUUGUAUAUGGUUCCAUCUGAGAGCAUAAAAUCAAAAAUAAAUUUCUAUUGGCUUUACCUAUUAUUAAUAUCUGCAUUUUCAUCUUAUGCAUUUCAUGUCAUGCAUUUGCAUCGAUGCGCAGUCGAAAAUCCGAAUUAACUGAUAUGCUGCAUGGGUUUUAUAGCGAAGUUUGUUCUACGGUAGUUCACAUUGUGACAAGUCAACUGCGUACCAGUAAAUAAAUUACAGUGUAUAAAUCUCUUUAAAAGAUACAUGUACAUUUUUUUUCGUACUAUUCCAUGCUUUACAACAAGUAAGAUACAAUAUACAAAAGGUCUGCAUAAUAUCAACUUUUGAAAAUGGAACUGAUCAAUUUUGACUGCAUACAUUUGUUGUGUGAUUUAUAAUUCCCAUUUAAAAUCUCCUUGAGAGGUAGGCUUGGAGCAAGUCUAGACUGAAUGCAAGUUACGACGCGUAUCUAUAGUGUUUCUAAGUUCAAAUAUACGAGUUUCGAAGUACAUGAAGGCACCUAAAUAUAGAAUACACGGUUUUCAAUUAACCUUCUAGCUAAAGAUUAAGGAUAAGCAGGUAGUGUUUUUACAAAGAAUUACGCUAUUAAGGUGAAAAGUCGCCAUAAGAAUACUAGGCUUAAACAUAUUAAAAUACGAAUACAUAUUUUCUGUGAGUCAUCGCUUGGAAAAGUUAAAAUCCUAUAAGUGAUGACAAGACGUCUAUAAUCUGUAAAGUUGGUGGCGUGUCAGCAAUGUUUUUACACUCGUGUUUUUACAGCAAUUCGACUACAAGCUUCAGCUACUUUUAAAUUAAUUCUUAGCGUUUGCACGAAAGCGGAAAAAGACGCUUAACACCACACUUAAUUCUUGCGAUGACCUUCAAUCUUUCGAGGGCUGAUAGAACAAUCAUUCAUCAAUUUAACUAUUGUUCGCUUUCUACAUUAUUCGCCGACAUUUGUUUUUUUAACAGAAUUGAUUAUACAUUUUCAUCUCAUGAUUCUUAGCGCGUUGCUCGCAUUUCGUAGUUCACAGUUCACAAUUCGAUCACCAUUUAGUCAGAUUCUGAGAAUUUAUCUCUUUAUUGAAAUCUAAUAUCGUCUAGAAUUCAUUAAUAUACAAAUAAUGAAUGUUUAUGAGUGCAAUGGUAAGAAUAUUUUCAUUCGGUGAAAGAUGGAAUGUUCCAUUCAACGAGGCGACAGCCGAGUUGAAUGGAACAUUCCAUCUUUCACCGAAUGAAAAUAUUCUUACCAUUGCACGAAAAAAAUUCUUUAUUUGUUUUAUAUAAUACCAAAAUAGACUAAUAGAUUCGUAUGAGAAGCAUCAGUUGAGGGAUGCGAUUUAUCGAAAACACAAAGAGUGCAAUUGUACUAUACGUUUUAUUCCAUUGCACUCGCAGGAAUGCAAUGGAACGUAUUCCAUUGCACUCUUGGGAAAUGGAAUUUUCUAUUCAAUAUCACGUGACCAUAAACAGCCAAUUAAACGAUCAGAAUUCAAUAAGGUAUUAUAUAAUUACUAUUAAUUACUGACAAUUCAUUUAUUGAUUAUUCAUUAUUCAACAUGUUACUUGAAUUCACCAUUCAGUUGCAUUUAAUAUAAAAUAUUCAUUACUUCCCAGAUAUUUUUAAAAAUGGUAGAAACCCUAAUUUUUUCUUAUUUUUUCUAGGCGGAUGUUUCCAACAUUAAGAUUUUCAGUAACAGGGGCAGAUCCAAAAGCAAGUUAUCUCGUACUCAUGGAUAUUGUUCCCGUAGACGACAAAAGAUAUCGUUACGCUUACCAUCGUUCGACCUGGUUGGUGUCUGGCAAAGCGGAUCCGCCUGCUCCGACAAGAUUGUGCAUGCAUCCUGAUGCUCCAUUUACUGGAGAACAGCUUAUGAAACAACCGUUAUCUUUUGAGAAAGUUAAACUUACGAACAACGAAAUGGACGAACAAGGACACGUAAGUGAAAACCUACGAGUUCCAAUAUUCAGGCGGAAAGACAUUUUUCCUUUGUGUGAAAUAUCAUGACAAUCUGUUGUACUCAAUCGCCUAUUUAACUUCAUUUUGUUUUACUAAUUCUUGUUCUUCUACAAUUGAAUAACUGAAUUAAAUUCUUGUUUGCACUGCUUAGAGAUGCACAGACAAGCACUGCUUUGAGAUUGUUAGUUACACUGUUUAGAGAUGUUUGCACUGCUUAGAGACUGCUUAGAGACUUCAGACAUCUGGGUUAGGUUAGGGUUAUGCUUAUACCGUUAUGGUUGGAUUUCUGAUUCUGGGUUGGAUUUCUGAAUGGAAGAAUACUCAAUUUGCCUUUAUUUUUAGAUCAUGCUAAAUUCCAUGCACAAGUAUCAACCUCGAAUCCAUAUCGUUCGAAAAAGAGAACACAUUGCAUCAGUGAUUAAUCUCAAAUCAGAAAAGACACGAACAUUUGCUUUUGACGAAACCCAAUUCAUUGCAGUGACUGCGUAUCAAAAUCAAUUGGUAGGUAUACUCGCAUUAUUUUUGACCAAUUAGAUGCUACAUAUGCCAGAUGAAGUACUUUUUGGUAUAUAUUUAUACUAGUCUGUGUUAUAGUAUAACAGACAAUUGUAAUAGAGCGCAGACGCGUAUAGCGCUCUCUAUAAAGCAAAUUAUCACAAUCAGUGCCGUUCCUAUGCCGAUAUGUCAUGGGGGGAGGAUGUGAAAACAAAACUUCGGUUCCCUUAUUGAACGGACCAUAUUUUAACAAUCCGAUUGUUUAUCAAACCAUGCAGCGGUUGCUUGACCAACGAGAAAUCGUCACUGAAACAUGGCUAUGGUCAGUAAAGUGGUUAUGGCAUGGCUAAGAAGCCAUGGAGCGACAUUACAUCCAUACUAAGGAACUAGCUCUAGAGAGUGCAGGGCAGAGGGUCAACUUGCCUUGGGCCCACAACUUGACACCAGGGUCCGGGUUUUCGUUAGAGAUGGUAUCAAAAAUCAAUUUUUGGAACAAAACCUUAUAUCAAAUAUAGGACUGCCAUAUGGCCGGCCGUCAGUCCCUAUAUAUACCAAAGGGGCCCAGAGCAUGGGGAAAAUUUGACUUUACCCCUCAAAACCCCCUUAGCGAGGCUUGCUUUGAUUCGGAAAUUAAGAUUAAUUUAUCUUUUCAUCUCUGGCGACAUAAUAUUUCUUUCUUGUGAAGGAAGGAACAUUGCACUGCGUGCAGAUGAUCACAAUUUAUUUCGCCGUUAUGAAUUAUGAGAAAUCAUAGCUUAUAUAGCAGUGGCGAAACUAUAGCCAUGCCCAUUGCAACUGGACAUGCAUGAACAUGAAAAAAUCAAAGCAUAAAUUUUACGCUAUGCAAUUAAAUGAAUUAUGUAUACAAAUAUUUUGAAUGAUAUUAUUGGAUUUUUUCUGUGUUGGUGUUGUGUACUCAGGUGAAUAUGAUAUUUGUGAUGUUACUCUGAGAGUUACUUUGUGAUAUUAUUGUUAUGAUCAUGAAAACAUGGUCCGAGAUAUCAUAAACACUGUAAAAACAGAUUCGUGCAUUUAUUUGACCAAUCUUUUUAUUAGUUAAAACAACCAAAAAUUGGGGUAUUAACCAAUUUUUCGACUGUGUUCACCAAAUUAUAUUGUUCAAAAGCAAAUGCAUCUGAGACAACCAAUCAAAUUGGUUAUUUAUUCAGUUUAACCAAUCUGUUUUGACAGUGUAUUAGCAUAGUUACCUGCAUAUAUAUAUAUAUAUAUAUAUAUAUAUAUAUAUAUAUAUAUAUAUAUAUAUAUAUAUAUAUAUAUAUAUAUAUAUAUAUAUAUAUAUAUAUAUAUAUGGUGGCUUAUAGAUCAUUUUGACGUAUCAUUUUUGUCACAUUUAAAACCGAUCAUGAAAUUUUUAGAAAUUGCCCAUUCAUUAUUUACAUAAUUUAUAAUUUAUCCUCUCUCAUUGAGUACCCGAAUUGUUGUCAAUCUAGAUAACUCGCCUAAAGAUCAACAGCAAUCCAUUUGCUAAGGGAUUCCGUGACUCCUCGCGCUUGCUGAACCCCGAAUGGAGAGAAAGGUGAGGUAUAUUUUGCGCUCAUAUUUUAUUAUAUUGUCGAUUUCAGGUCACUUUUCAAAGCGUAUUUCCCAAGUUUGUUGUGAAUAUUCCCAAUUAUACGUCUCUAAAUUUGGAAUAUUAUAGGCGUGAAAAUUGCAAAGCGAAUUUCGCGAGUUGCUUACUAAAAUAUCAAAGUACUGAGUCUGAGUACUAAAAUACUGAAUAUAAACUCAUAAUUUGCAGUGUUUUAUGAUAUAGCCAGCAUAUAUUUGACGAAUUAUUUAUUAACGUUUCUAAGAAAUACAUUUAAUUCGUUGGCUACAUUAGUAAAACACUUUGCGAAGUUCGUUUUGCGAGUCCCACGCCCAAUAUUCCAAUUUAUGAACGUAAUUGGGAAUAUUCACAACGAAUAUGGGAACCAGCGUUUUGAAAAGUGACCUGAAAUUGACAAUAAGCGGGGUACUAAGUAUAGAGGUAUUAUUUUCCAUGAUCUGGUUUGUUCAUCGUUUCCUGUUUUCAGCCCAUGCACAUUCUGCAUUCAAAAUGAUAGAAUAUUUUGCCAAUUCAUGCAUGCAUGUUGCACCAUGCAAUGAAUUCCAUUCCUCCAUGCAUUCUUGCAGGAAAUAAAAUUCUUGUUUAACAUAUACUUGUUGAUACACGCAUGCAUGUAUGCAAACUACUAACUGCAUGUAGGUAGAUACCCGAAAGGAGAAAUAUAAUCGCAUAUGGGUUUUGAUAGAUCCACGCGUGCGCACAAUAAAGAAAAAACUGGAAAAUAUUUUGCUUCUCUUCAAUUUAGAAAUAAAGACUUCUGCGAUCAGGUUUCGCGAAUAUUUACCUACCACGAUCCGUCUUUUUCACCAAUUUUACAACCUUCGCCUUGGAGAAUGGAUCCUCACUACAGACUACCUAGUGACCCAGGUGAAAUGCCAAUUAAAUUAAUAUUCAGUGAUAAAACUAAACUAUAUAACUAUAGCUAUAUAGGUUGUAUGUAUUUACUACAUAUUUAGGAAAAAGUGCAGACAUAAGCAACCAUUGAAACUGAUGCGCAAAAAUUUUUUUCGACUAGUGAAACGCAAAAUUAAAAUCAGAAUUUCGGGCGAACUGACGUGAACGUUAAAAGCUCAGACAAACCAAAAUAACACACCUGAUUAACGAAAUAAUAAAAAAUGUAAUGUGUCUUCAUUAACUAUAGAACUAAGAAAGUUUAUAUAUAUAGGCUAGUAUUAAUGUGUUGAUUAUUGAGACGCUAAUAAAAGUGGUUAUUUUUAUUUUUUAUAGUAUCUUAAUUAUAGUCGCAUACAUGCAUGUGCAUGCAAUACCGUACGGAUCAUAUGAAUUUAAUCUUCAAGGCAUAUAUAUAUAUAUAUAUAUAUAUAUAUAUAUAUAUAUAUAUAUAUAUAUAUAUAUAUAUAUAUAUAUAUAUAUAUAUAUAUAUAUAUAUAUAGUUCGGUUAUAGAAUUUUUCAGUUAUUUUUACAAUUAAGUGACAUUUUGAAUUUAUUUAUUAUAAACUGUCAUAUGAAUUAGGUACUUAAUUGAAAAAUAUGUACCUUAGAUCUUGUUCAAUCACAGGUUAUAAAGAUAGUAGCUACAUGCAUUUUAUUAUUUCAUAGGUAUAUAAUAGUAUAAUUUGGAAUAAAACAUGCCGCGAGUGAGUUCUUCGAAGACAAUCGAGAAACUCAUCAAUGUAUGUUUUUCUAAACUGAGCGAGAAAGAUUAUAGUUACUAUUUAAUAAUACGCAUGGAAAAUUUAUGGAUAAGUAAAUUCCUAGUCACUUGUGUACUGUGUAUCAUGGAUGAAACAUAUGCGAAUGAAUAAUUUAACUCACUCAGGUCAAAAAGUCAGAACUUUAUUCAAAAUGUCCUUUGUCAGCGACUUGCAUGAAUUUCUUUUUUAACCCUAAAUUUCGAAUUCUAUUGUGGUACUGAAUUUAGUUUUGGCACUGUAUUUCGAUAAAAUUGCACUUCACUAAGCCCAUCAUGCAGAAAUGCACGAGUGAUAAUUUUUUUCAUGUAUAUUGUUGUUCCUGUAAUUGCAAUUGUAUUUUCUGCAUUCCAUGAUUCUUACCAUACAAAAUUUUAAUUUCAGGUCAUCCACCAUACCUCACGUCACCGUACAAGCCUGGUUGUACCUUUGUCUUUGAUGAGAACAUUCCGCAAACCUUUCUUCCUCCAAUGACCGCAUCUGUUCAACGGCCGCCUAAUCUCUGUUACCCAGUUUCCUUCCCUACGACAAUCGCGGGCACUCCCGACUGUAUGAGCCCACGAACAAGUUCUCUUCUGGCAUACCUGCAUGGUGGACAUUUAGUUCCCCGUAUGAGCGUUACGGACGAUAAUAUAUUUAAUUUCAAAAUGUAA